GCCGCCGCCGCCGCCGCCAUCGUGCCAGCCCCUCGGGUCUCAACAAGGCCAGGUGACGCUCCAGAAUGGGAGACAAGCCAAUUUGGGAGCAGAUUGGAUCCAGCUUCAUUCAACAUUACUACCAGUUAUUUGAUAAUGACAGAACCCAACUAGGCGCAAUUUACAUUGAUGCGUCAUGCCUUACGUGGGAAGGACAGCAGUUCCAAGGGAAAGCUGCCAUUGUGGAGAAGUUGUCUAGCCUUCCCUUCCAGAAAAUCCAGCACAGCAUCACGGCACAGGACCAUCAGCCCACGCCAGAUAGCUGCAUCAUCAGCAUGGUUGUGGGCCAGCUCAAGGCUGACGAAGACCCUAUCAUGGGAUUCCACCAGAUGUUCCUAUUAAAGAACAUCAACGAUGCUUGGGUUUGCACCAAUGACAUGUUCAGGCUUGCCCUGCACAACUUCGGCUGACCUCCUCCCAGCCGGGCACUCAACGCUGUUUCCUCCUCCCUCCUCUUCCUGAUACUAUUCACACUCCUCCAGAUGCUCCAAAUAUCAUUCACAAACGAGCAGGGCCGUGGUGGGAGAGGGCGCAGUGCGCUGCUGCCACCAAGGUGUUGUGCAUGAUGUUUGGACUCUAGACUAGUUGCAUCUGACAGGAGAAGUUUGUGUUGUACCAGCGCAUGCCUUGGAAAGACUUAAAUAAUGCAAAAGGUUGUCUUUUUUUUUUUUUAAUCUACUGACAAGUUGCUCUAGUAACCCAAAGAAGUGAAGGAGAAAGCAGCUGCCUCACCGCCCAGAUAUUGAUUUGUUCAGAUGUUUCAAUGCCUCAUGAUACAAUAAAACCACAAAACUUUUCUUAAAAAAAA